AAAGACAACAGUUUUUGUACGUAUAGUCAGCGUAGACACCCAGAUAAAAAAUUUGAAUUUAUUUACGUUGAGCAAAAACCUAACUACUGACCCUUCAACCAUUCAAAAACUGUAUCCUGACCUAUCGUCUCUACUAAGAAGCAAAAUCACACACUCUGCCGUGUAAUAUAGUUCAAGUUAAAUGAUGACAUCACGGCGAAUCCUGAAAUGUAGAAGUCUUGGGGGAAUACGUUUCAGUUCUAGUCAGCGUUUGACAUCGCUUCUGCGUCCUAACAGGCCUACUCUACCCUUAAAAUCGGUUUCGAUAUACUCGCUGCCAGAGGCAUCUGAGGGUAUUUUUUCCGGCGGUCUUGCUUGGUUUCCUGUUCGACAUAUUUGCUCUGCUGGGAAUCAAAUUGAUGACUUUUCGCAACAAUCAAGUGCUAGAAACCCUCCUGGUGGAUCUGGAUCGACUCCACCUCCUCCACAGGAAGGGAAAUCUCAAGAUAUUAAAAGAUCAAGUGGUGGACCUGGUUCUGGAAGAGGAGGAGGCUCGACAUCCGGUCGGGAUGGGUUAACCUGCCCAAAAUGCGGCGACCCUUGUGUCCAUGUGGAGACGUUUGUCUCAUCCACAAGAUUUGUAAAAUGUGAUAAAUGCCAACAUUUUUUUGUGGUAUUGUCCGACUAUGAUGGCCGUAAAACGGUUCGAGAAACUUUGAGGCCGGAUGCAACAGAACAGAUUCCCAAUAACGGCGGUCGUUAUGCUUACCCUAACGUCAACCUCAAGAAGCAACCUCCGCCUCCCAAGAAGAUUUUUGAGUACCUGGACCGUCAUGUAGUGGGACAAGAGCAAGCGAAAAAGGUGUUAUCGGUGGCUGUCUACAAUCAUUAUAAGCGGCUCAGCGUAAACCUGCAAACACCUACAACAAAGUCGUCAACGGAGCCCGCUUCCGCUCGGAACUUAGAUGGUUUUACCGACCUCUCCAAUACUUUUUCACACCAUCUCUUGCAUUUGGGUGGCUUGGGAGGACACAAUUCAUUGGGGGCAUUUCCGCAGGGACAACAACAACACACGCAUCCCAAUCACUUAGGUCCAAGUUGGGCUAAUUCUGAUACCUAUUACGAAGGUCGACCGGGACAGAGACAACCUUCGUACGUUGGUAUGGGGCCUGUUUAUGGACAACCACCAUCGUCCCCUCCACAACAACCACCACCCCCAGGUGGAGGAAGUAGUUCUGUUACCGGGAGUGAUAUACUUGAUGCUGGAAACCAAGAACCAAAAUUAGACAAGUCCAAUAUCCUCCUGCUAGGUCCAACUGGGUGUGGGAAAACAUUAUUGGCUCAAACUAUUGCAUUGUGCUUGGACGUGCCUUUUGCAAUUUGUGACUGUACAACUUUAACUCAAGCAGGUUACGUUGGUGAGGAUAUCGAGUCUGUAAUUGCUAAAUUGCUUCAAGAUGCCAACUAUAAUGUGGAAAGGGCACAAUCAGGAAUUGUGUUUUUGGAUGAAGUAGACAAGAUUGGAGCUGUUCCGGGUAUUCAUCAACUUAGAGAUGUUGGAGGGGAAGGCGUUCAGCAGGGGAUGUUAAAGAUGUUGGAAGGCACUAUUGUCAAUGUACCUGAGCGAAAUGCCCCAAGAAAACUAAGAGGCGAAUCCGUUCAAGUGGAUACUACCAACAUUUUAUUUGUUGCUUCCGGAGCGUUCAACGGAGUCGAUCGCAUCGUAUCACGAAGAAAAAAUGAAAAGUACCUUGGUUUUGGUGUCCCUACCUCAGGAUCAGAAGGACGACGAGCAGCCUCUCAGGCUGGAGUUGCACAUAUGACAGGCGUGGGAAUUGGAAGUGCUGCUGCUGACUUUGCAGAAAUGGACGCCCUGCUGAGACAAGUUGAAGCCAGAGACUUGAUUGAGUUCGGAAUGAUACCGGAAUUUGUAGGUCGCUUUCCAGUUCUAGUUCCAUUCCAUUCACUCAAUGAAGAUUUGUUGGUUAGAAUACUUACGGAGCCAAGGAACGCAAUGGUGCCUCAGUUUCAAAGAUUGUUGGGAAUGGAUAAUGUUGACUUGUCAUUUACAUCGGAUGCAUUACGAGGAAUUUCACGACUAGCCUUGGAAAGGAAAACAGGAGCCCGUGGGUUGAGAGCAAUUUUAGAAGGGAUUUUGCUUGAACCCAUGUUUGAAAUUCCGGGAUCAGAUGUCACUGCAGUACAUAUAAACGAAGACGUCGUGGUAGGACGUCAUGCUCCAAUUUACACGAGAAACUUGGCCAUGGACAAGGAACCUACAUCGAACCCUAGCGAUAACUCGAGCGUCCAGGACGAAGUUAUGCUUGAAGUGAAAAGACGAGUUUGAAAAAUUAUUGAUGUGUACCAUUUUCUACAACCUGACGAACGCUUAAUGCAAAGUGUAAUUUAAAUUUGUCGUAAAUAAAAAAUUGUAAUGCCUUCCACAAGUAUGGAGAAUAUGGCCAAAUGGAUUACGAAUCAAGCAGAAUAGAUAAGAUAGAUAAGCAGACAUGAAGUAAAUCCGUGACAAUUAAGGUUACAGAGUAAAAAAUAAUAAUAACAAUCUCACUAAUCCACGCCUAAAAAUAGUAAAGUUUAUAAUUCACUCAUGUGUUGUAAUAGAAAAAAUGUCCCUUGGGAAAUGUGUAUAAAACAGAGCAUGAUUCUAUUGCGUACAUUUUAUCGGACUGAUGUGAACUAUUUAACGAUUUGUCCAGUUUGUUAGCUUGUUUAGAAAGAAAUGUUACUAAUGUUAGUAGAAGGUGCGGACUGCAGACAUUGUUUGGCGUUAUAUAUGUUCAAAAACAGUGCUAUAUUCAUACCUCAAGUAGAUAGCGCAGUAUUUUAAAAUACACACCAAUAUACUACUGCUCGUUCAAAAAAAGUAUGCACAAAACCUCUGGACUCCGAUUUAAGUAUCUCCAUAACCUCGCCCACUGGGAUAGGAGAGAUUUAUACUUGUUUACUUAUUUUAGUAAGUCACUGCAUAUUAAUUUAGAAUGAACAGUAGUUAUUAGUGCAUGACCUUCCUCGAUCGUGUAUAAGUUUUACUUGAUUGAAUUUUAUAAUGAAUUAUAUAUGUAAGUAAUGUAUGAUAUGUACGAAGAAAUAAACCUGUGAACGAUUGAUUAGCUAGCUAUCGUUAUGUUGUUGUAAUGUAAAUAUUUUAGACUAAAUUCUUAUACGUAAACUUUACUCGAUAGUAAUUUGAUUCAACACUAUUUGGAAUAUUUCUUAUUGGGAAUCAAUUUUAUUGUAACUGAUCGAUAAUAAUUUACGAUGGUAUGUACAUAAUAAUGUGUGCGAAUGCAAUCUUAUGAAAUCCCUUUAUAUUGUUUAAAAAUUAAAAAAAAAA